CCAAACCAUGGCUCGUCCUUGUUUCGUGUCACAUCCCCCCUUGCUCUCUUGAUACCUCCCAUCCCAAACUGGGCUUGGAAGUCCCCUUCUGCCACUCGUCAUAUUCAUUAUCAGAGCUUUCUGUGUCGGUGCCAAUAGCUAGAGCUUUUGGCAUUAGUGUCAGGGGCAUCUUCAACGAGUGGUAUUCACAGGUACCAAGAAUGUACUGGACAAUGUGUAUAAGAGAGAUGAAUGACAUAGGAGCAAGAUUAUGUCAUGUCAUAUUUAACUAACAUAUAACUAGCAUAUAUAAUAAGGGCAUCUUCAACAAUUGUUAUUACACGGGUACCAAGAAAUACUAGACCAAUGAGAACAAGACUUGAAUAAAAUAAAUAGGUAGUGGUUACUUGAAGAAGUAACAGCCUCUACACGGAUACCAAGAAAAAGAAGAAGAUGACAUGUGGAUCCAUCAAGAAAGAAAACAAAAUAAAAAUAAAAAAUAUACUCAAGAAGAGAGAGAAGAGAAUUAAUAACAAUCACUGUUGGAGAUGCCCUAAGAUGGCUACAAGAAUGUACUACUUUGUUAUGAAGAGGCCCACAUUGUAGUCUCAUAGAGUGCCUAGGAGCACGUGUUGCAGCUGGCUAUUAGAUAGUAACCCACUUCUCUUCUCUCCUUUUUUUUCCUCCAACCAAGCAAAGAUACAAUAUUUAAAUCCUUAGAGCCUGCUUACAUCAACUUAUUAUUCUUACUCUAAGUAAGUAAUGAUUAUUUGUUCAAGUAACCACUACUGCAGGGUACCAAGAAAGUAAAAAAGAUUACACGUGGGUUCGGAAGACAAUCAAAUGACAAAAGGAAAAACAUAUUAAAAAACAAGAAGAAAAUAUUAUCAACCCCCUAUUGGAGACGCUCUCCUGUCCUGCAGGCUAGAGGUUUACGGCUACAGGCAGGCAGAGGGAGGCAGCACUCACACCACACUGGUCAGUCAAAGAGUGAGCCAGUGAGCAUCCACACUUGGAAUCUUGGAUUGACAGCUCCAGCUACCGCCCGCAUCCCCAUGAACCCAUUGCUCCUCUUCCUGCUCUGCUCCGUCACGUCGCCCGCCGGCCGCUGCCAAUCCAUUUGCUUGCUUGCUGCUCUGUCUGCCUCUGCCCCUUACAUUAAUCACCAUCGUUUCUUUUCCGCGUCCUCCUUCCAUUUCCUGCUUUCAUUCAUGUCCCUCUUCGAGUCUUUUCCUCUCCAAGGAAGGCAACCUGUUAAAAUCUUCCUCUUUUCCUUCCUUCCUUCCGCCGCCUCCCUCCCUCCCUCCCUCCCUCCGGAUUAGUGCUACAGACUGCUAUUGCCAUUUCGGUGCCGGCGAUUCCGUUCCUUUCCAUUUCCACCGGUUCUCUCAUCUUAAUCAGGACCAGAUUUUUCACCAGGCACUGGAAGUUUCAGCAUCAUGUGGUGCUAGCUACACAUGGCUGGCAAGACGCUCAAGGGGCCUAGCAGGGCAGCAGGCCAUCCCAUUUGCGCGACCCCAUUCGAGGCAUUUCAUCAUGGGUCAUGGCAUGGAGUUAACUGCAUAAGGGUACAGAACAGCCGUCUCUUUGUCAGAUUCGUCUACUCCGGAUCAACCGUCGAGCGUAAUAUCGACAGGGAUCAUCUACGCUUGCGAUCCAGAAGGGCGACGUGCUUCGACUGCUCGCAUGUUCUCAAGCCUGGUGUUGAUGUCUGUGUACAAUCGCCCCAUCCACUCCAAGCAUGUUCAACAGGAGAUCAGAAAUCAUCUAUAUCGCUGUGUCAUGAUGCAAGGAUCGUCACAAUCAAGAGAAAUCACAAUGCAGAUCAGUGUCUCUGCUUGUUUUUGGUUAUUCUCGACGACAGCCAAUGUCCUGGUAAUACAGAAAAGGGGGGAAAGGCAACCGAUAGAAGACAAGAGGUGGUGACCUUAAACAAUAUUUUCCUCUUGCAAAAGCUCCAACCUAAGGAGCUCCAGGAGGGAAGUGUGCAAUGGAAUUCUGCAGAGGAUUGCCUCUAUCAGAACAGAAGCAGGCUGUUAAGUGCUGCUAGAUUUUCCUCAGAAAUCUCACAUCUCAUAGUUUUGUCUGCCCUGAGGGGAAUGGAAUUCAGUAUCAAGUUGGUAGAAGGCAACAUCAUCUAUAGAGUCAUCAAAGGAGACCAAGCUCGACGCGGUGUCGAUUGCAUGAGCAUACCUCCAGGAUUUGGCAGGAACAUGGAGAUAGUUUCAUUCCAACUGCACGAUAAGAAUUUACGCCCAACGAUCAGAAAUAUCCCGGUCACACAUGCAAAGAAGCACAAUCUCACAGAAGACAACAGGUUCACUCUGAAGACUGAGUUGGAUGAUCAGCUGGAAUACAUCAGAGUCGCUGUGAAGAUUGAAUUGGAUGAUCAACUGGAAGAUCAGUUCGAUGUUGGGCUCUUGUAUAAGCAUGUGGAUUUGAGGCGCUCAAAGCGUCUGAAAACUCAACCGGAGCGCUUCACUAGUUAUGAUGCGCCUAAUUUCAAUCGUGACACUAAGAAGAAAGGUGCAAGUGCAUCAUCCACCAUGCAUUAUGAUCACCGAAGAGCUUCACAAGUUAAAGUAGAAUCAAGCUGUGGAGAGGAUCCAGUGAAGAUCACUGGUGCAAGUUCAUUCAUGUUCAACGAAAACCCAAGCACCACCAAAGGGCAACAUAAGAACACAAGAAGGAGAACUCCAUGCUCUUUGCCUAUGAAGGAAAAACCCAGCUCUGUGAAGGAGGAGAGCAAAACUGAAGAAAGAGCUUCAGAUUCUCAUAUUCCACAGACGCCGGCACAGAAUAAGGAGAAGAAUCAUCGCACCCCUUCAUCAUUUCAUCGGAAGUCUGGUACUUCACCGUGCAGCCUAGGUGGCAAUUACGAACCAGCAUUUUGUCAAAAAAGGGGUAGGAAAAGAAAGGAACGCAUGUGCGAUGAAGAGUACGAGAAAAUUAUAAACCAAUGCAUAGGAAACAUCCAGAGUGAAAUGGAGAGGGACUAUGAGUUUAAUCUAGAUGUCCCGAUGAUGCAUUGCUGUCAGGGUGCUUACCCAGAGGAGGAUUUUACAUGGCCAUCGCUUGCUGAUAGCCAAGAGGAGAAGAAGGAUGAGCUCGACGAACUGUGGAAAGAAAUGGAUUUCUCAUUGACCACACUAGAACUUGAUCGAAUGCAGGUUCCAGAUUCAGAAGAUGUUCACGAGAGCACUGCUCGUUUAGGAAAAAAUGGAGAAAUACCAUGUUAUCAUGACUGCAUACUGGAUGAGGAGCUCGGACUAAUGUGCAGAUUAUGCAAUGUUGUAUGUAUUGAGGCAAAGGAUAUUUUUCCACAAAUGUUCAAUGGCAACGGCUACAACAAGGAUAGGCCUGGAUGCAGUAAUUUUUUCCAUGAUGAUCAUGUACUCGAUCCUUCUCUUCUUGCAACCUUUGCACCAGAAUUUUCAGAACCGAGGGGCUCUGGGAACCUGUGGAGUUUAAUACCCGAUCUGGAACCGAAGCUGCUUCCUCACCAAAAGGAAGCAUUCGAAUUUAUUUGGAAAAACUUGGCAGGAUCAUUACAGCUUGAGGAAAUGGACAAUCCAACAGCCAGUAGUACAGGGGGCUGUGUGGUUGCACAUACUCCUGGGUCCGGUAAAACGCUGCUGCUGAUAUCAUUCCUUGUCAGUUACCUGAAGGUUCACCCAAGAAGCCGGCCAUUGAUCCUUGCUCCAAAAUCUGCUAUCCAUACAUGGAAGAGAGAGUUUGAGAAAUGGGGCAUUUCACUUCCUCUGCAUGUGCUUCACCAUGCUGACAGUAGAGGCAGGUCAAUGGGGGCUAUUGAUCCUAGAAUGCAGGAGAUUCUAAGUAAAUUUCACCGAUCGUCAUGGAAAAACAUGCGCUUUGUGGAUUGUAUGGACAAGUUAUGCAAGUGGCAUGCGAGUCCAAGCGUUCUGCUCAUGACGUACUCCUCGUUCUUAGGACUGACUAGAGAAGGCUCAAGAAUGCAGCAGCGAGCAUCCAUGGUGCAAGUCCUGAUCAACAACCCGGGGCUGUUGGUCCUCGACGAGGGACACAACCCGAGGAGCAACAAGUCCAAGCUGAGGAAGAUGCUGAUGAAGGUGAAGACAGAGUAUAGAAUCCUCUUGUCGGGUACCGUCUUUCAGAACAAUUUUGAAGAGUAUUUCAACACCCUAUCUUUGGCCAGGCCUCGGUUUGUCGAUGAUGUCAUGGCUGCGCUUGUCAUGGAGAGGAAGAAGGAAAUGAGAGGCAGGAGAGCUAAACACAGAGAAGCAGUGGCCAGGCGCAUUUUCGUGGAAAGAGUCGCACAAAAGAUGGAGUCUAGCAGCAGUAGGGACCGAAUAGAUGGUUUGAAUUUGUUAAACAAGCUUACUUGCGGAUUUAUCGAUUCAUUCGAAGGGGCAAAGCUAAGCAACCUUCCAGGGAUACAUGUGUAUACCGUUUUCAUGAAACCCGGUAAGAUUCAGGAAGAGAUACUCGCGAAAGUCUCAAUGUCUACGUCAUGCACUGGCAGGUACCCUCUUGAGAUCGAGCUUCUCAUCACGGUUGGUUCUAUACAUCCAUGGCUUAUAAAAACAACAAACUGUGCUAGCACUUUCUUCACUUCAGCAGAAUUAGAUAAAGUUGACAAGUACAAGAAGGACUUUGCUGCUGGUUGCAAGGCCAAGUUUGUCAUUGAUCUGCUGCACAAGUGUUCAUUCAGGGGGGAGAGGGUUCUGAUAUUCUGCCACAAUGUGUCCCCGAUAAACUUUCUCGUGAAGUUGAUCGAGAAUGUCUUCGGAUGGCGGCUCGGGGAGGAAGUCCUGGUGCUUCAAGGUGAUCAAGAUCUGCCUGUCCGUUCGGACGUCAUGGAUAAAUUCAACAGCGAUGGUGAAGGAAAGCGGAAGGUGCUUAUUGCUUCGACGACAGCAUGCGCCGAGGGUAUCAGUUUGACAGGUGCAUCGAGAUUGGUCAUGCUGGAUUCAGAGUGGAACCACUCCAAGACCAGGCAGGCAAUAGCACGGGUGUUCAGGCCUGGUCAGGAGAGAACCGUUUAUGUCUACCUUCUGGUGGCAUCUGGGACAUGGGAGGAGGGCAAGUAUAACAGAAACAGGAGGAAAGCUUGGAUGUCGAAAAUGGUCUUUUUCGGACGCUAUCUCGAUUAUCCGUUACAAAACGCCGUGACUGCUGUUGAUGAUGAUGGUGUUCUCAAGGAGCUUGUUGAUGAAGAUAAGACCAAUACUUUCCAUAUGAUAGUGAAGCAGGACUGACCAAUGCUGUUCUGUUCAUCUGCCCUGCAUGGCUACUUUUGUUCUUCUAAUGUGUAUAUAUAGCAUAUAUGGGCAUCCUCUAAUGUUUAGUUCUCUGACAUUUCCUAUGCUCUUUUGUUGGUUAUAGCAAACAUAUUUCUCUACGCUAGAUGACUGUUGGAAAA